AUGGAAGCUGUGGAGUACAGCACGCUGACCGCCGAGCAGCGCCUUUCCCCAGGAGAGGAGGAGAACCUCGUGCAGCGACUGUACUAUCGGCAGAUGCAGCUGGCGGCGCAGCGCGAGGAGGAGCGUCGCGCCACCUUGGAGCGAGCACGCGCCCAGACCCAGAAGCACAUUUCAAAGGAGGAAGAAGGCCACCUGGUGAGUCGCAUGUACGAUCAGCAGGUGGAGCGCUUUGCCAACUCCAAGGCCGAGCGUGAUCGUAAGAUGGAGGAGGAGGUGCACAAGAACGACAAGAAGAUGGAACCCAGCGAAAUCGAUGACCAGGUGCGCCGUAUGUACGAGGAGGAGCGCAAGAAGAGCCGGAUGCGGCGCGAGGCGCUUAACUCGCGCUACCUGCUGACCGCGGAGCCGAAGAAGAUAGGUAAGAAGGAGCUGAAGGGAUGUGUGGAUCGCCUCUCGCACGUUGACUGGGAGAAGCGCGACGAGGAGCUUUUCAAGAAGUAUGUCUACCCGUACGACCCAAAGACAACGAGGAUUUCCCGUGACGAGGAGCAGGCGAUGGCGGACCGCCUCUCGACGACGAAAGGGACCGGCUAA